AUGGCUGCAGGAGUGGCAACCUGGCUGCCCUUUGCCCGGGCAGCAGCUGUGGGCUGGCUCCCACUGGCCAAGAAGCCUAUGCCCAAGCCUCCUCUGGACCAGAAACGCCGCCAUGAUGAAAUCUUAGUGGUCAACGUUAGUGGAAAACGCUUCCAAACGUGGAAGAAUACCCUUGACCGUUAUCCAGACACCUUAUUAGGCAGUUCCGAGAAGGAAUUCUUUUUUGACGAAGACAGCAAGGAAUAUUUCUUUGAUCGUGACCCAGAGAUGUUUCGGCACAUUCUCAACUUCUAUCGUACCGGCAGACUCCAUUAUCCCCGCCAAGAGUGCAUACAGGCCUUUGAUGAAGAGCUGUCCUUUUAUGGAAUCAUCCCAGAGCUGAUUGGUGACUGCUGCUUGGAGGAAUACCGAGAUCGCAAGAAGGAGAAUGCAGAGCGCCUAGCUGAGGACGAAGAAGCCGAGAUUGCCACGGACACUUCCUUGCCGCCAGAUAGCACAUUCCGCCAACAGCUCUGGAGAGCAUUUGAGAACCCCCACACCAGCACCAUGGCUUUGGUCUUCUACUAUGUGACUGGUUUCUUCAUUGCCGUCUCAGUCAUUGCCAACGUGGUGGAGACAAUCCCGUGCCGGCCACCUCCUGGGACGAAGAGGAGCAUGUCCUGCGGAGAUCGUUUCCCCAAAGCUUUCUUCUGCAUGGACACGGCUUGUGUCCUCAUCUUCACCUUUGAGUAUCUCAUGCGGCUUUUUGCUGCCCCGAGUCGAUUUAAGUUCAUGAAGAGUGUGAUGAGUAUCAUUGACGUUGUGGCCAUCAUGCCUUAUUACAUUGGGCUGGUGAUGCCAGAAAAUGAGAAUGUCUCUGGGGCCUUUGUGACCCUGAGAGUCUUCCGCGUCUUCCGCAUCUUCAAGUUCUCGCGCCACUCGCAGGGCCUAAGGAUCCUGGGCUAUACACUUAAGAGCUGUGCCUCUGAAUUGGGCUUCCUUCUCUUCUCCCUCACUAUGGCUAUCAUCAUCUUUGCUACGGUUAUGUUCUAUGCUGAAAAGAGCACAACGGAGACCAACUUCACCAGCAUCCCUGCUGCCUUCUGGUACACUAUCGUCACCAUGACCACACUUGGGUGA